AUGUCAACUACCAAUGGUUCUAUAGCGCCUGGCGCUUCCCGCACAACUCUCGGACCGCCUGCAACGAAUAGCAUGCGUCCCAAGUCAACGGGACUUAUCCCAACCAACAAUGUUACCACCAAGGAGGGCGUGACUGUCCGCACUCGAAUCGACCCUACACUCACCGUCGAUGAUGUAGUCAGGCAGCUUUGCGUUAAUCUCAAAGUUACAGAACCCUCCUCCAAUUUCGCAUUGAGGGAUAAAGAUACCGAUGAGCUGAUCGUGAACGAGAAUUUGCGAAGGAAGAUCAAGAACAAAGCGAAUCUCAAGCUGGUCAAUAGUCCCAAUAUUGAGGCGGCAGAGAUCGUCCAGAAACUCCUCGUCCGAGAUGAGAAAACCUUCAAAAUGGCUCUCUGGUCAUUAAAGAAGUUCAUUAGAGAAGAAAAGUUUGUUCAGGAAUUUUUGAGUCAUGGGGGUCUUUCCGAGCUCGCACAAGUUAUUUGCACUGAGCACGGAAACACACUUGCAUACGCUCUUGAAGCAAUGCACAACCUGAUGGAUCUGGACUACGGCUGGUCAACUCUCGACAACACUUUCAUUUUUAAAGUCGUUCAAAUCCUUUCGCAAACUUCUCUCAUCAACGUUUGCCGCCCUGCCACCGCUAUCCUAAAGAAGCUUGUUGAAGCUGACCCAAUGAAUGCGCCUGGACCAUUGAUCGCCAGUUCGAGUAGAGCUCCCCCAGUUGCACCCCCUGGCUCGGUGUAUCGGUACGGUUUCCAGAUCGUUUUCCAGCAGAUGCGGAGGGAGAAAGGAUCAUUGGAAACUGUCGUAAAUCGGCUUGGAAGCGCAGAUACUGCGAUGAUUCUACAUAGCAUGAUGCUGAUCAAUUCCCUGCUUUCACAUGUCAAUGAUACUGAAUGGGAUGAGUUUAUCUCUGAACUCGAGCGGCUCAACGUUCGGAGAGCCGUUAUACGACUCAUGUCAUCACAUAAUAUAGAUGACCUUACGUCCUCGAUUCUCGACUUCCAGGCCAAUAUCGUGCGUGUGACAUACCGUAAGAAAUCGACACUUGUCGAGCCCGAAGUCGAGCCUCUUCAUGAGUCUGCUCUUGAAUAUAUAUGGCAUUGUAGCAAGGUUCAGGAUGGGCGGGAUAAUAAUGGUGAAGUAUUGAAGUGGCGGAAGCUUGGGUUUUCAAGUGAGAAUCUGGUGCACGAGUUUCAAGAAGUGGGGGAGCUUGGGCUUGAUUGCUUGCGUAAUUUUGUUGCAGACGACCCGGAUCUGUUCUCAAAAGUCAUAUUGGAACAGUUGAGCCGUCCGGUAGACAGGCGAUGCCCCAUCGCAAAGGCUUCGAAUGAAAUUGUUGAACUACUUGCAGAGCAUUGGGUGAUUUUCGCUCCUGCAUAUUCAACAUCAACGACAUACCAGCCUUUUUUCCUCAAUUUUUACCGGGUCCAUGCUCUCGCCACACAAUUUUUCUUGCGAAUGUGGAAUGAAAGUGGCUCUGCAGCAGGCGAUUUUUCUCGCAUUGUGGCGCUCGCUCGAAGCCAGGUCAAAGUGGCGUUGCAAAGGGAAAACACCAAGCCAUGGCACGAGGUGGAGCGCGACUUCCUCGACUGCGAGUAUCGCGCCGUGAGGGACAGGCAGAUGCAAGAGCUUGAAGCAGAAGACGACCUUCUAAGCAAGGUUCCUGUACGGAACUUGAAAGAGAAGAUCACCCGCGAGUCCGCGGAGUUCGUCCGUCAACAACGAAUACAGUGCCUGUUUCAAGGGGCAUGGUUCGUCAAUGGUAUCCCCACACCAGCCAACGGCCUUUCGCGGCGACCAAACGGACAAUGGAGAUUCAUACGACUGGACAACGGCCUGAAAUAUCUCCACUAUGUGGACAGUGCGGUCCAGUUUCCCGUUCGAAAUGGACUUGAAGAUCUACCAGAGCGGAUUGAGAUCGCAGCAAUCACCCAGAUCGCUACAGGCACAUGUGCAUCUCCGCCAAACAUCUUGCGAGAUCACCUCGAUCUACCUCCGCCUAACAGUCUCACUCCAUCACCCCUAUCAUUCUCUCUCCUGACAGCCACUGAAGGCUCCCUGGCCGACCAGAUCGCAUCGGAUCAGUCCCGGUGGGCAGAUUGGACUGAUGGGUUGAACAUGCUUCGGCGAGACAGCGGUCAUGUCACAUCUGAGGAAACAGCAGGGUACAUAAAAGCAUUGACAGAGAUCGGCCUCAAAAUCAAGCUUCUCGAUCUAUCAGGCGAGAAGGUCGAUAUACCCAGUGGACUGGUGGCAGGACCUCCUCCAAGCAAUACCGAUUUUUUCUUCUCAGAUCUCAUCUGA